AAACAACUUCACUCAGGACUGAGGACAGAGUAAAAGUGUGAUCAGAUGAGCUGCGAUAAAAAUUCAACAUUUUGAGGAUUUUUCUUGGCUUGAGAUAAGUCAUCAUCUUUAUAAGGAGAGUGCCUGGAGAACUAAUCUUUGAUUGAAGCUGCUUCAUGAUAACAAGUGUGCCCCUUCAUUUGGAGACAAGACAAUCAGGCACUCGAUAAAGAUGUUGGUCAGUGCUGACUUCAAGACACCUGUGUGUGACUACAGCCUCUCCUGCCUCUGAGACAAUGUCAGGGGAAGCCACUGUAUCAGAACUGGGUCGCUCUAAGGAGCGCUCUGACUCUGGAAGUGUGAUGGAGAAAAGAUCAGCAUCCCCUACACAGAGCAGUGUGUCCAUGAAGAGUGAUCAUUCUAAAGGUGACGCGCCCGACUUCAGAGAGGGAGCGCCGUCCUCUGACCAAAGUGGGAUGGAGAAAAGAUCAGCAUCCCCUACACCGAGCUGUGUGUCCAUGAAGAGUGAUCAUUCUAAAGGUGACGCGCCCGACUUCAGAGAGGGAGCGCCGUCCUCUGACCAAAGAGAGCAACGCAGAAGAUGUGAACUAGAAGCCAGUGGUCAGAAUUUAGAGCAACACGAUUUAAAACACAUUUUCCAGGUGCUUGAGGAGAAGAUCAUCACCUUUGUGAAGAAUGAGUUGAAGAGAUUUAAAUGCAUUCUGAGUCCAGAUUACAAAGAAAACUUUGAGAGGAAAGAGGAGGAUGAGAGUGAUGCCAGAGAAGGAGCUCUUAAGAUGGCGCUGCACUUCCUUUGGAAGAUGGAGAGGAAAGAUCUUGCUGACAUGCUACAAGCUCAUGAACUGGAUGUAGUUUGUCAGGCUGAGCUGAAAAGAAAUCACAAAAGGAAAUACCAGAGUGUAUUUGAAGGAAUUCCCAAGCAAGGAUUCUCUGCUUUGCUAGAACAAAUCUACACAGAGAUCUACGUCACAGAGGGAGAAAGUGGACAAGUAAAUGAGGAGCAUGAAGUCAGGCAGAUUGAGUGCAGAUCCAAGAGACCAACUGGACAAAAGACAUCAAUCAAAUGCAAUGACAUUUUCACACCCUUACCUGGCCAAGGCAAACCAAUCAGAAGAGUUAUCACAACGGGUGUAGCUGGCAUUGGAAAAUCUAUCUCUGUUCAGAAGUACAUCCUGGACUGGGCUGAGGGAGAUGAAAACCAGGACAUCCACUUCCUUUUUCCACUGCCUUUUCGGGAGCUGAACCUCAUAAGAGAACAAUGCUCAUUGAUAGGUCUUCUCCACAAAUUCUUUUCAGAUAUUAAAGAGCUCACGUUUGACAGCCAAAGAAAGUAUAAGAUGCUCUUUGUUUUUGAUGGUCUGGAUGAAUGUCGACUCCAGCUAAACUUUCAGGAAAAUGAAUAUUUGACUGAUGCAACACAGGUCACUUCAUUGGAUGUUGUCCUGACAAAUCUCAUCAAGGGUAAUCUGUUCCCUUCUGCUCUGCUUUGGAUCACCUCUCGACCAGCAGCAUUCCAUCGAAUCCCUCCUGGGUGUGUUGACCGUGUCACAGAAGCUCAAGGGUUCAGUGACCUACAGAAGGAGAAGUACUUCAGGAAGAGGAUCAGUGAUGAGGAUCUUGCUGACAGCAUAAUUUCUCACAUUAAAUCUUCAAGGACCCUCCACAUCAUGUGUCAUAUACCAGUCUUUUGCUGGAUUGCUGCAACUGUUUUUGUGGAGAUUCUGGGCUCUUCUAAAGAUAAUCCAAUUCCAAAGACAUUGACAGAGAUGUACACCUAUUUUCUCAUUUUUCAAACCAUGCAGAGGAGUCUGAAGUUUGAAAAUAUGCAUGAUGUUGAUCCACAGUGGAACCAGGGCAUCAUCCUUGAUCUUGGAAAGCUGGCUUAUGAGCAGUUAGAGAAAGGCAAUCUGAUCUUUUAUGAAGAAGACCUCAAAGAGAGUGGCAUUGACAUCAGAGAGGCAGCAGUAUGCUCUGGCAUCUGCACCCAGAUCUUUCGAGAAGAAUCAGUGAUUCAUCAGGCAAAGGUGUUCUGCUUUGUGCAUUUAAGUAUCCAAGAGUAUCUUGCAGCUUUGUAUGCAUUCUUGAUGGUGGCAACUGAAAGGAAAGACAUAGUCUCCCAACAUCAAGCUCGGUGUCCUUCAGUGGAGGAAUCCAUGGUCCUUUUACACAAGAAUGCUUUGGACAAAGCCUUGCAGUAUGAGGAUGGAUGCUUUGACCUAUUUCUGCGUUUCCUUCUUGGCCUCUCUCUGGAGUCUAACCAGAUUCUAUUGCGUGGCCUACUACCAAAAAGACAAAAUCAGAUGGAAGAUAAUAAGGAAACCAUCAGUUACAUUAAGGAAAAGAUCAGGGAGAUGCCUGCAUCAGAAAGGGUGAUCAACCUCUUCCACUGUCUGAAUGAAAUCAAUGAUCAUUCCUUAGUGGAGGAGGUUCAGAGCUUCCUGAGUGCAGGGACACUUUCUGAAGCAACCCUCUCACCUGCCCAGUGGUCAGCUCUGGUGUUUGUGUUGAUGACAUCCCAACAGAAGCUGGAUGUGUUUGAUUUGAGGAAAUACAUCAGAUCUGAUGAAGCUCUGCUAAGGCUGCGGCCAGUAGUGGAGGAAUCCCAAACCGCUCUGUUGAAUAGCUGUAGGCUCACUGAAAGGAGCUGUACAACACUGGCAGGUAUUCUCAGCAAAUCAUCUUCAAAGCUAAAAUAUGUGGAUCUAAGGGACAACAGUAUUGGAGAUACAGGGGUCCAAGAACUCUGCAAUGGACUGGAGAACCCAAACUGUGCACUGGAGACACUCAGGCUUGAUAACAACAGCAUAACAGAAGACGGCUGUGAUGCUCUGACUUCAGCUCUAAGAUCAAACCCCUCACACCUGAUAGAUCUGAAUCUGAGUGGGAAUAAACUAGGAGACUCAGGAGUGAAGCACAUCUCUGCCCUACUGGAGAAACAAGACUGUAAACUGGAAAAACUGGAACUUUUAGACUGUAGCAUAACAGGUGAUGGAUAUGCUGUGCUGGCCUCAACUCUGAAAUCAAACCCCACACACCUGGUAGAGCUGGACCUGAGAGGAAAUGACCCUGGAGACUCUGCAGUGGAGCUGCUCACUGAUCUCUAUAAUUUACUUAAUGAUUCAGAAUGUAAACUUCAGACUCUGAGGUUGUUGAAGAGUAAAGAUGCAGAUGAAGUCCUUACAUAUCUGACUUCAGUAGGAAUAAACCCCCUACUCCAGACAGAGCUGGAUCUGAGUGGGGAGAAACUAGGAGACUUAAGAGUAAAGCAGCUUUCUGCUCUUCUGGAAGAGUCACACUGCAGGCUGCAGAAGCUGAAACUUUCAGACUGUAAUAUAACAGGUGAUGGAUAUGCUGCUCUGGCUUCAGCUCUGAAAUCAAACCCCUCACACCUGGUGGAGCUGGACCUCAAAGGAAACAACCCUGGAGUCUCUGCAGUGGAGCUGCUCACUGAUCUCUAUCAUUUACUUAAUGAUUCAGAAUGUAAACUUAAGACUCUGAGGUUGUUGAAGAGUAAAGAUGCAGAGGAAGUCUUUGCAUAUCUGACUUCAGUAGGAAUAAACCCCUUACUGCAGACAGAGCUGGAUCUGAGUGGGAAGAAACUAGGAGACACAACAGUAAAGCAGCUUUCUGCUCUUCUGGAAGAUUCACACUGCAGGCUGCAGAAACUGAAACUUUCAGACUGUGGCGUAACAGGAGAAGGAUAUGCAGCUCUGGCUUCAGCUCUGAAAUCAAACCCCUCACACCUGGUAGAGCUGGACCUGAGAGGAAAUGACCCUGGAGACUCUGCAGUGGAGCUGAUCACUGACCUCUACAGUUUAGUUAAUGAUCCAAGCUGUAUACUUCAGACUCUGAGGUUGUUGAAGAGUAAAGAUGCAGAGGAAGUCUGUGCAUAUCUGACUUCAGUAGGAAUAAACCCCUUACUCCAGACAGAGCUGGAUCUGAGUGGAAAGAAACUAGGAGACUCGCGAGUAAAGCAGCUUUCUGCUCUUCUGGAAGAGUCACACUGCAAGCUGCAGAAGCUGAAACUUUCAGACUGUGGCGUAACAGGAGAAGGAUAUGCAGCUCUGGCUUCAGCUCUGAAAUCAAACCCCUCACACCUGGUAGAGCUGGACCUGAGAGGAAACGACCCUGGAGACUCUGCAGUGGAGCUGAUCACUGAUCUCUACAGUUUAGUUAAUGAUCCAAGCUGUAUACUUCAGACUCUGAGGUUGUUGAAGAGUAAAGAUGCAGAGGAAGUCUUUGCAUAUCUGACUUCAGUAGGAAUAAACCCCUUACUCCAGACAGAGCUGGAUCUGAGUGGGAAGAAACUAGGAGACUCAAGAGUAAAGCAGCUUUCUGCUCUUCUGAAAGAUUCACACUGCAGGCUGCAGAAGCUGAAGCUUAACAACAGCUUAACAAAAAAAGACUGUGAUCAUCUGACUUCAGCUCUCACAUCAAACCCCUCACACCUGAUAGAGCUGGAUCUGAGUGGGAAUAAACUAGGAGACUCAGGAGUGAAUCUCAUCUCUGAUCUGCUGAAGAACCCACUCUGUAAACUACAGAAACUGGGGCUUAAUGACAACAACAUAACAGAAGAAGGCUGUGCUCAUCUGACUGAAGCUCUCACAUCAAACCCCUCACACCUGAUAGAGCUGGAUCUGAGUGGGAAUAAACUAGGAAACUCAGGAGUGAAGCACAUCGCUGCUCUGUUAAAGAAUCCAGACUGUAAACUACUGAAGCUGCUGCUUAAUAAAAGCAACAUUAAAGAAGAAGGGUGUGCUGCUCUGACUUCAGCUCUGACAUCAAACCCCUCACACCUGAUAGAGCUGAAUCUGAGUGGGAAUAGACUAGGAGACUCAGGAGUGAAGCACAUCUCUGCUCUACUGGAGAACCCACUCUGUAAACUACAGAAACUGGAGCUUAUGAACACCAGCAUGAAAACAGAAGGCUAUGAUGCACUGACUUCAGCUCUCAAAUCAAACCCCUCACACCUGAUAGAGCUGGAUCUGAGUGGGAAUAGCCUGGAAAACUCGGUGAAGCAGGAACUGUCUGCCUUAGUUAAAGAUCCACAAUAUAAACUAUGGACACUGAGGUUUGAUAGUGAGGUCACGGAUCCUGCCAUGGGUGUCGCCAUUGGUCGUGCCGCGGGUGGAGUCAUUGGUGCUGCCGCGGCCAAAGUCAUUGGUGUUGCCGCGAUCGGAGCCAUUGGUGUUGCCGCGGGUGGAGCCAUUGGUGUUGCCGCGGGUGGAGCCAUUGGUGUUGUCGCGGGUGGAGCCUUUGGUGCUGUUGUGGCUGCUGUCAGGGCUUUUCAGGGCAAACGUGGCAUUGAGAUUACAGAGACCAGGGAUGGCAGUGGGGGUGAUACAGAGACCAGGGACAGGGAUGGCAGUGGGGGUGAUACAGAGACCAGGGAUGGCAGUGGGGGUGAUACAGAGACCAGGGACAGGGAUGGCAGUGGGGGUGAUACAGAGACCAGGGGUGGCAGUGGGGGUGAUACAGAGACCAGGGACAGGGAUGGCAGUGGGGGUGAUACAGAGACCAGGGACAGGGAUGGCAGUGGGGGUGAUACAGAGACCAGGGAUGGCAGUGGGGAUGAUACAGAGACCAGGGACAGGGAUGGCAGUGGGGAUGAUACAGAGACCAGGGAUGGCAGUGGGGGUGAUACAGAGACCAGGGACAGGGAUGGCAGUGGGGGUGAUACAGAGACCAGGGACAGGGAUGGCAGUGGGGGUGAUACAGAGACCAGGGAUGGCAGUGGGGAUGAUACAGAGACCAGGGACAGGGAUGGCAGUGGGGGUGAUACAGAGACCAGGGAUGGCAGUGGGGAUGAUACAGAGACCAGGGACAGGGAUGGCAGUGGGGGUGAUACAGAGACCAGGGACAGGGAUGGCAGUGGGGGUGAUACAGAGACCAGGGAUGGCAGUGGGGGUGAUACAGAGACCAGGGAUGGCAGUGGGGAUGAUACAGAGACCAGGGAUGGCAGUGGGGGUGAUACAGAGACCAGGGAUGGCAGUGGGGGUGAUACAGAGACCAGGGAUGGCAGUGGGGGUGAUACAGAGACCAGGGGUGGCAGUGGGGGUGAUACAGAGACCAGGGAUGGCAGUGGGGGUGAUACAGAGACCAGGGGUGGCAGUGGGGGUGAUACAGAGACCAGGGAUGGCAGUGGGGGUGAUACAGAUCCCUUGAGAGCUGUGGAUAAUACAGAACCAGAUCCCUAUGCCUUGUGA